CUCAUCUAACUGAUCUUACGUGUUUCUGGAUGUUUGCAGCAGCUCUUAGGAGACUUAAGACCAAAUGGAAAUCUUACCGACACAGGUUUGUGCCCUGGGUUGCGUGUAACCUGUCUAAAAAUGAGAAAACUCUGCGCAAGGUGGCGGGACGCUCGGAGGACAAGCUGAUCUGUGAUGAUCAGGUUUCACAGAGUCUGCUGCAGCUUUUCACAGUCCUGCUUGACAACCACGGGGGGAUCAAUCCAGAUCAAGCACACUUUCUAACACAUGUGACAGGGAAAAAUAAGCAUUAUGGUGGCCACCAUGUGUGUGAACAACAAGCUAUGUUACAGACUUUGGGAUUCUGCAUUGAGCGGAGGCCCAGCUCUCUGACCUCUGCAGGAACCGGGGUGUUUGUCAUCAAGGGAGAUGUCCCCAAAGGAACUACAGUUGCCAUGUAUCCCGGCACAGUCUAUCAGCCCUAUCACCCUAUUCUUCUCCAGUCCAUCAGAAACCCCUUUGUAUUUAGGUGCAUCGAUGGCGUGCUGAUUGAUGGGAAUGACAAAGGCCUGUCCAGAAUAGUGUUCAGGUCUUGCAGUGGCCGGGACAGGCUGGGUCCUUUCCUGACCAGUGACACCAGCUGGCUGACCAACAGUCCGCAAAAUCCACUGGCAGUGGGUCAGUACGUCAACAACUGCUCCAACGAAAUGCCUGCAAACGUUUGCUACCAGGAGUACGACGUGCCAGACAGGUUCCCACUUGAGCUUCGCCAGUUUCUCCCCAACGUCAACUACAGCCAGGACACGCAGAGGCCUCUACGCUGUGUUGUCCUUGUGUCACUCAGAGACAUUACAGCAGGGGAGGAACUCUUCUCCAACUACUAUACCAUUGUGCAUUAAAGUAUUUUGACAAGCCA